CUCCAGCCUCAGCAGAGAGUGGGUCAGGCUGUCUGGCAGCAUGAAGCGGCUGCUUCUCUGCGCCUUGUGCCUGGUCCUGGGGUGCUGCCAGCCGGGGGCCGCCCUGGAUGGAGGGAUGCUGUACCCCCGGGAAUCUCCCUCCAGGGAGCUGAAGGAGCUGGGAGGCCUCUGGAGCUUCAAGGCAGACUGGUCAGAGCGCAGGGAUGCGGGGUUUGUGGAAGGCUGGUACAAGAAGCCUCUCUCCCAGGUGAGUGAGCGGAGAAGGCGGGCACCAUCAAGGUGAGGCGGGAUUUUUUUUUGGAAAGCUGCUGAGAUAAAUUUUAUGGAAUAAAUAAAUUGUUAAGUAAGUUACGUCCCCCUUGAUUGCAAAAGCAGCGACCUCAAAGCAGUUUACGAAAAGAAGGAAAGCAAUAAGCUUGUCGUGGAACCGUAGAAUUGAAGAGCUGGAAGGGACCCCAAGGGUCAGCCACUCCCUGCAAUCAGGAGCCACAGCUAAAGCUUCGCAACAGUUAAAACCAACCAUUGGAAACCUUAAAAAAAUUAAAAUAAUCAACAAUAAGCUGAAAAACCAAACUGAAAUGUGUGUCGAUAUUCUACAUGCUUUGGUAGGUUUUGCCGAAACAAAAAAGGCGCCAAAAAGAGUAUAGUGAAUAAUGGGUUUAGCUUUCUAGUUAAUCUAAAUAACCAACACAGAGGCUGCCAUGGGUGUAGCCAAGAGGGGGCAGGGAGGAGCAGCUGCCCCCCUAAAUAAAUAAAAAUACAUAGCAAACUGAGGUUCUGCCCCCCCCAACAAAAAUCCUGGCUACAUCCAUGGUUCUGGCUGCCCAGAUGCUUUGAGGGAGCCAACAAGUGGGGGGGUGUUUGGGGGGAAUGCAAUGUCCAGUCCCUGUGGUCCCCCCAAACAUCUGGUAAACUGCCACUGAAUGUGGAGGUUUGACUUAGCUUUCUGGGCACACAGCCACUGGGUAGAUGUGUGCUUUCUGUAUUUGUGAACAGUGCACUGGGAUCUUUGGAACAGUUUCAUUGGAAAGAUAGAAGCUGAGAGAGCAAGGAGGUGCCAUUGAUUGCCCUUCAGCUCCAACAGAAAAGAGAAGUUUCGAAUAUCAGGAAGUGGCUCAGCAUUUCUAUGCGCAAGAGUGAGGAAAUGAACUGUUAAGUGCAAAGCUGGUGAAAUAAUUGUUUCCCUAGAGAGCAGGAGGUAGGCACGUGCAUCUGUGAAUCAGGAAACAGAAAGGGUGUUACCGUAUUUUUCGCCCUAUAGGACGCACUUUUUCCCCUCCAAAAAUGAAGGGGAAAUGUGUGUGCAUCCUAUGGGGCGAAUGCAGGCUUUCGCUGAAGCCUGGAGAGCGAGAGGCGACGGUGCGCACCGACCCCUCUCGCUCUCCAGGCUUCAGGAAGCUAUCCGCAAGCCUCGCACGCCCAGCGGGAGGUCCCGUCGGGCGCGCAAGGCUUGGGGCGGCAGCCUGCAUCCCGAAGCACGGGGCGAGCUGCGGAGCCAGCCCCGUGCUUCAGGCAGAUGUCCACAAGCCUCGCGCGCCCGGUGGGAGGUCCCGCCAGGCGCGCAAGCCUUGGGGCGGCAGCCUGCAUCCCGAAGCACGGCGCCGGGCUCGCAAGGCUUCAAGCAGCAGCCUGUUCUGGGGGCUGGGGUCGGGGGAAGCUCGGGCUUCCCCCGCGCCUGGAGGGGGAAUAAAUUUUUUUGUCUUUAUUUCCCCCCCAAAAAAACUAGGUGCGUCCUAUGGGGCGGUGCGUCCUAUGGGGCGAAAAAUACAGUAUUUAAUGCAUUGUUUUAUUUCACUGUUCAGCUGAAAAAGUCUUCCAAGAGCACUUUGCAAAUAUCAAUAUUAAGAUAGUCUGUGCCUUUGAGUUUUCCAAACUCAAGUAUGCAACACUAAAGGAAAGGGCAUUGGGAGGGAGGAGGGGAAAAACAAACUCAGGCACAGUUGAUUGAAUAAUCACCUGGAAUUGAAAGGUUUUGGAAAAGCAGAAUGUGCAUGAUCAUUAGUAACUUGCUAACAGCAGUUUAAAAGUCAUACUGUGUUCUUCAGAAAAGGUGAGUAAAAUCAAAGAUUGGGUUUGUAGUUCUCCACUGUUUACACGUUAGAAUUUAGGCCAAAGAAAAUAGAAAUGUAAAUAGUGGAUUGCUUGUGCAAGUGAGCUCUUUGCAGCUUCAAUGAAUGGAAAACAGCGCCUGUACAUUAGUGCCCUCUACUGGCUUCUGCAUGUAAUUGCCACAUUCAAUAUUCCAAACUAAUCCUGUACUUUAAAUGGAAUAUCCUGAGGCCAAGACAUGAUUUAGUAGGUCAUAGAAUCACAGAAUUGUAGAGCUGGAAGGGACCCAGACGAUCAUUCUAGUCCAAGGGUCAGCAAACAUUUUCAGCAGGGGGCUGGUCUACCGUCCCUCAGACCAUGUGGGGGUCCGGACUACAUUUUGAAGGGGAAAAAUGAACAAAUUCCUAUGCCCCACAAAUAACCCAGAGACGCAUUUUAAAUAAAAGGACACAUUCUACUCAUGUAAGAACACGCUGAUUCCCGGACCGCCCGCGGGCCGGAUUUAGAAGGCGAUUGGGCUGGAUCCGGCCCCCGGGCCUAUGUUCCAGUCCAGUCAGCUGCAGUGCAGGAAUGUGCAGCUGUCCCAUAUGCGGAUUGAACUUGCAACUUUGGCAUUACCAUGCUCUAACCAACUGAGCUAGCCAGAAAAAAAUCAUAACUUGCUAAGUUGCUCUGCAUCAGGCAGAUUUUUGAAAGCAGAAGAGCAGAAAAAAAUAUGUUGACAACCUAGAUAAAAGUUUGCUGGAGUCUGCUUGUUUGCCAGAAUGUACAAACUGCUCUAGUUUUGGAGAAUAUAUGAGUGCUAUGUAGAAAUGAAUCACAAAAUGGAAUACAGGUCAUAAAACCGUAAUAAAACCCAGAAGAAUCAUGCCCCUGGUAUAGCACUGCAUGCCCCAGCCGUAAAACCCCGAAUCUUGUCCCGUAGCAAAUUGGCAGCCAGUGCAACCUUUCCAACAUGUUUUCAGUGGGUGAACCCAGAGCUGCUGUGUCUGGACCAAAUUCCAGGUCUGCAUGAGAGAACAUCUCUGCCCUGUAUGCCCAGCAUACCUUCCUCGUCUCUUUCAGUCUGGGCCAGUGAUUGACAUGCCAGUCCCCGCCAGCUUCAACGAGAUCACGCAAGAUCCAAAGCUGCGCCAGUACAUCGGCUGGGUUUGGUACGAGAAGGAGGUGUUCCCGCCAGCCCGCUGGCUCCUGAGAGAUCCUGGCACACGAGUGGUGCUCCGGGUUGGCAGUGCAAACUACUACUCGAUCGUGGUGAGUAUGGGGCUCCCUGGGCAGUGCAGCUCCCCAUGGAAGCCUGCCUGGUUUCUGGAAUCAUUGCAUUUAAAAAAAAUUCUGCAUUUAUGUCCUGCACUCUUCUCCAAUAACCCAAGGUGGAAUGUAUGGUUCUCUGUCUUCCUCAUUUAAUUCCCAAAACCAACUCUGCGAGGUAGGAUAGGCUGAGAGAAGAAGAAGAGGAGGAGUUUGGAUUUGAUAUCCCGCUUUAUCACUACCCGAAGGAGUCUCAAAGCGGCUAACAAUCUCCUUUCCCUUCCUCCCCCACAACAAACACUCUGUGAGGUGAGUGGGGCUGAGAGACUUCAGAGAAGUGUGACUAGCCCAAGGUCACCCAGCAGCUGCAUGUGGAGGAGCGAAGACGCGAACCCGGUUCACCUGAUUACGAGUCUAUCGGCCCCCCCGACACACCCAGCGAGCUUCUUCGCCAAGUGAGGAUUUGAACCCAGGCCCUAGUCUGACACUCUAACCACUGCACCACCACUGCCUCUCAAGUUCAGGAGUUAUUACAUGUGAAUGAGGAGCCUAUGGCCCUCUGGGUAUUGAUGGCCAAUAGCAAGGGAUGCUGGGAGUUGUAGUCCAGCCACAGCUUUCCCACCACUCCAAGUCAUGUGACCUGCAUGCCUCCCUUGAGGCCCCAUUGUUUGUUUGGAGUCUUUGCACCUAGACACCCCGUUUUCUUCCAUUGUAGUGGGUGAACGGGGUCCGGGUGACUGAGCACGAGGGCGGACACCUCCCCUUUGAAGCCGAGAUCGACCAGCUCCUCCGCGAUGCUCCAGGAGAGCCUUGCCGAAUCACCAUUGCUGUCAACAACACCCUGACUCCCCACACGCUGCCUCCGGGGACCAUCCAUUAUAUGGAGAACGAGUCUAUGUGAGUUGAAGGCCUCACUGAGGAACCCAGCAACCCUCUAGCCAAAGAUUCUGGGACAUUCUGUCUAGAACAGGUGAAGGAAGUCGCUCUGAAAUGCGUUUUGCCUGCUUUUAUUCCAUUGUGGUCCACUGGUGUAGGGAAGAGGCUUUCUUCUCGCACAUAAUCUUGGGUGUUUUCUUGGGUUUUCCCUUCUCCCCCCUUAAAAAAUGGAUUAAGCAUAUUAUUUGCAGGAAGAACAAUCAAUCCAGUUUCCCUCAGUCAGAUUUUGUAAUUUUGUGGAAUUUAAUCCCAGGUGCUGCAACUUUACCAAGCGGUUUAGGCAUGUUGGCAUUUCUUAUUGGUUUGAUCUCCAUCAAUUGUGAAGUCUCCUCAGCUGUCAAACUUUCAUGUGUUGUUACAUGUCAGCUGUCUUUUAACUCUUAAUGUUACAAACGUUACAGACCAAUUAUCAAAACCUUCUAUACAUCAGCUGUUGAAACUGGGUAUUAUUGGGUACACAAUAGCAAAAUCAAAUAUUGCGACUCGCUGAAUAUUCAAAGAGUUUUCGAUGAUGGAUCAACAGCAAAAUUUGCAGAGAACCGGUAGAAGCACAUCUAUAAUUCUACUCCCUAAUCCACUUAAAAUAAAUCUGUAACAUCCUUAUUUUAUGCAAGACUACAGGAAACAACCUCCAGAUAAGAACUUAUCAUUUCAGCGUAAAUACGUGGAACCUCAGGUGUUCAGUGAAUCAGACCUGGUUGUUUUCAUCAUGCCUUUCAACCCUCCGUUUCCAAGUGCAGGGAUUUCCCACCCCCCUCAAUGUCUUCUUGAACCCUUCCCCCUUGAUCCAGGUACCCCAAAGGCUAUUUUGUUCAAAACACGCAAUUUGACUUCUUCAACUACGCUGGGAUCCACCGACCUGUCCUGCUGCACACCACCCCCUUGGCCUACAUUGAUGACAUCACAGUGACCACAGACGUGAUGGGGAACGUCGGUAGGUAUCUGAAGUGCCAGAGCUAAACAGCAUUUGGAAAAGGGGGUGGGGGUGGGACGACGACGAUCCUGCAGUGUCUAUGGAGGAAAAGCUUUUCGUCGGAACAAGCUGUUUGUGGCUGGAAACCUGUUAAUGAUUUCACUUAUCAAAGUGAAAUUCACCUUAGAAUAUUCUUGCUGUGACAUAUUCACACCAUCUACAACCUCAGGAAGUCUCUGAACGAUUGUUUUAGCCACCAAAUGGCAUCCCACAAGCUAAGGUUGAUUUAACCAAGUGAUGGCCCCAAUUCUCUCUCUUCAAAGCCGUUUAUCCCACAAUCUUCACAACAACUUUGUGAGGUAGGCCUGGGUUGCUUUCCCCAAACUGUUGUGGGAGCAGCGGCUGAGAAAAUGGCCUACUUUAGGAUGCUUUAUUAUUAUUAUUAUUAUUAUUAUUAUUUAUACCCCACCCAUCUGGCUGGGCUUCCCCAGCCACCCUGGACGGCUUCCAACUGAAUAUUAAAAACAAUACAGCAUCAGACAUUAAAAACUUUCCUAAACAGGACCACUUCUCUAAACAGGGCCGUUCCCUAAACAGGGCUUAAGGGAUUCAGUUGGUGGUAGCAGUGGGAUCUGAAACGGAGUGGUUCUGAUUUGUAGCCCACUGUUUUCACCAACUCACCUAUUUUGCUUCUGCUGGGACAGGCUUGGUGCAGUAUUUGGUUUCAGUCCGGGGCAGCCCCCGUUACUCCUUGACCCUGACACUGCGUGACCAAGAUGGCGUCACUGUGGCAACUGGAAACGGGUCUGCUGGCGAGAUGAAAGUGGUGAACCCUCUGCUCUGGUGGCCAUACCUGAUGCAUGAACGUCCUGGAUACCUUUACUACCUAAAGGUAACUUAAGGCAGGUGUGCAUAGCUGAAUAGGAUUUCCAGUGGUUAAGAGCAAUCCAAGGAAGGGCACCUGCCUUGCUCUACCAACAGGAAAAGAAGGGAUGGAGGGACACACAGGAAACUGGCUUUAAACCUCAGUAGAGGUUUGAAUAAAGCAGGAGUGGGAGGAAACUGAGAGGGGGAAAGCGAUGGUCUUAAACCAUGGCAGAGAUUUGAGUGAGCAAGGGGAGACACUGAGGAGAGGGAGCAAUGGCAGUUUAAAGCACGGUUUGAGUCCAGUGAGAAGGGAAUUGGGGAAUCUGUCUGUACCUCUGGCGUUGCUUAAAACCACUUUUAUAAAUCUCAGCAGUAGCUCAGCAGUAGAGCAGGUUUGAUCCCCAGUGGCAGCUCCAGGUAGGGCUGCCCGAAACUCUGGAGAACCGCUGCCAGCCAGAGUAGACAAUGCUCAGCUCUGUGGACUAACAAUCUGACUUCCUAUGAUCCUUCCCAUCCACAGCCCUUGUGGGAGCCCUCCAGUGAAAAACUCUGCCAGUUUUGUGGGGCAAUUGUGUUGGGAGGGACAACAGACAGAGGGCAGAAGGGGUGUGGUCCCAGCUGCCCACCCGCUACCGCAUCUGAUCCUUGCAGCACAUUUUUGUCUACUCCUGGGUUGGAGAACGAGGCCUUGGGUUCAAUCCUGGCAAAUUCCCUGCAAAUUAUGCGGGGUGCAGAUUAUGGGUUACCUUGGCACAGCAUAGAAAUUUCUCCUUCCCCGGAUGCUACAUCUCAGGGGGCUGGUGAUUGUUGGGGUGUAGGCUUGCGGGCUCCGACAGCUGACGCAAAAAGGGUGGCUUUUUCGAACCACAGAUCACGCUUUCUGCCGAGGUGGACGGCACGGUCUCGGAAGACACUUACACGCAGCCGGUAGGCAUCCGGACUGUGCAGGUCACCCGCAACAAGUUCCUAAUCAACAGGAAACCGUUCUACUUCCAUGGGGUCAACAAGCACGAAGACUCUGAUGUGAGUUGAGUGGCGCCUUGUUUUCGGAUCUGUUAUUGCUGAGCACCGGUGAUGGGCUGGGUGGCUGGGUGAAGAAGCAGGAUGGGCCUCACCCAGAAACCUCUCAACUUGGAUUUAGAUCCGUGGUUCCCAGACUUUUGGGGGCAACCCCCCCCCCAGUUACAUAAACUCACCCCCAGUCUCCCCUACCCUAUAAAAAGCAUCAUUCAGAACUGUGGUUUCCACGACCCACUAAAGAAGCUAAUAACACUAUAAAAUUCGAAACGGUAAUGGUUAAUUGAGCAUUCAUUCAAAAUCCAGGUAAAAGCUAUUUAGUUUAAUUAAUUCAACAAAACCGAUGAUCCCAUGAUACCCGAUACUGUAGGAAAAAUAUUUUUACACAUUCUUAACUAGGAAGUUUAUAGCACAAAAUAUUUAUUUGUAAUCACUUACCAAACAUGGAGCUGUCACAGAUGUGCUGUAACUAAUUUAUAAGAAAAUCAACAGCUUGGCUAUCUUGUGAGAACUCAGCAUUGUAAAUACAAACAAACAUGGCCCAAGGAAAUAGCUUGGGAAGCGAUAAGAAUGGCAAAACUUUAAAUACGAAGUGAGGAAAGUGCUUUGCUGUAGUCUCUAGAAUGGUCGAUCGUAAUAAGAGAUCAAUACACUCUCUAGUGCCCCCCUUGCCUCUUAGUUCCCCCCUAGCUAUUCCCACCCUGCCAUGGAGUGGUACCGCCCAGUUUGGGAACCUCUGGUCUAGAUUGGGGUAGUCAACCUUUUUACACCUACCACACACUAAUGCAUCUUUCUUGAUGGUAAAAUUUCCUUACUGCCCACCAGGGCUCGAUGGAAGGAGGAUUCAGCUUGUGCUGUAGAACGCCCUACUGCCCACCUAGAAUCCUGAAACACCCAUUAGUGGGCGGUAGGGACCAGGUUGACAACCCCUGGUCUAGAUGGUUCCGAGCUAGGUGGCCCAACAGUCUGGCUCUGCAUGAGACAGUUUCCCAUGUCAAAGCAACCUUUCAGACCCAUGAGGACUAGAAACUUGCUUUAAUCUUGGAGGAGGACCGUAACUCAGUGGCAGCUCAGCUGGGAGCCUGAUGUUGGCGAAGGACCAUUGCUCUUCUAACUUGUAGCCUCUCCCGUUUCCCUGGGUUUGUUCUCCGCGGCAGAUCCGUGGCAAAGGGCUGGACUGGCCCCUCAUCAUGAAGGACUUCAACCUCCUGCAGUGGCUGGGCGCCAAUUCCUUCCGUACCAGCCACUACCCCUACGCCGAGGAGAUCAUGGAGCUUUGUGACGCCUACGGCAUCGUGGUAAUCGAUGAGUCUCCAGCCGUGGGCAUGAAGGACAGGUGAGCGAGCGGCGAUUUCCCUGAGCUCCCCAGCGAUUUAUAGAGUGACGCGCUGAGGUAAUGAAGUGGUGGUGAAGUGCUUGGGAAUGAUUGGCUGAGCUGGCCUCACGUCACAAAGGGGCGGGGCUCGCCAAUGGAUCCGAGGCUCCCAUUGGCUUGGGUGCUCUGAGCCGAGAGGUUGAGUGGGAGCAGAUGUACUUAGGGAACUACAGUAAGGGCCUUAGUAGGCAGGAGGCUGAGGAGGAAAACCGGAAUAAAUCUGCUGCGCAUGAGGUGAAGAAGGAGCAUGUGAGAAUGCCAUGGACUGGUUGGAUGCAUAGCUGUCAACUUACAGAUUUGAAAAUAAGGGACCAGCAGCCUCAAAAAUAAGGGAUCAGCAGCCAAAAUAAGGGAUUUUCAGAGCACAGGUGUGUUCAACUUCUGAGCCCCUCCGAGCCAAGGGCAGAAAGCCCAGCUAGCAGCCAAACAAAGCCUCAAGCGGUGGUUCCCACAGCGCAGCAAAGGGGAUGCAGCAAGGAAAACCACCGUCACCUCUCCGCUGGGAAGCGCUAAGCAAAGGCAAGUCCCCAGGCAACGCGGCCAAUUUAAUCGGCACAAGGCAUGCAAGCUCCACCCCCCAGUCGUUCUUAGACUCCUUUUUGGGUGAGCAAUGCAGUCAAGCAACACAGUUGGAGCCUCCCUCCCUGGCUAGGAGGGAGAGGAGCUGCUUCCUUUGAAACCUGGGAAAUUUAAGGGACAUCAUCAAUAAGGGACAGCAGUGGGACACAGCGCUGGGAUAAGGGACUUUCCCGCCAAAUAAGGGACAGUUGACAGCUAUGGUUGGAUGCAGAGGAAUGAUAGGAGGAAGCAGCUAGGGAACCCCCAAGGGAAGAAGGCUCAGAGCUCAGGGACUGGCAGUGGGAUGGCGAUGAGUGGUCAGAGGGAGAAGAUUGGGAAGAGGUGGUAUCAGAAGCUGAAGAGCAACAGGGCUUAGUGGCAGAGAGAAGUCCAGACUCAGAGGCAGAAGCUGAAGCAGGAGAGGAGGGAGGCCAAGAGGCAGAGAGAUCUGGCUGGUGAAGAGGCACGGAUGUCUCCCCCUCCUGCUGCAAACAAGCUCCUCUCCCUCCUGGUCUGGAACUGGGAGAGGUAUGAAGAGGGCGGUGGAGAGGUGGGCAAUGUGCAGGCGCAGUCUCCGACUGCUUGGGGAAAACCCUGGAGAAGAAGGGACUUAGGCAGCUGUGGGGAGGCAGGGACUUUCAAUCCAUGAGGCAAGACCUACUAGAGAUGAGUUGCUGUGCUCAUUAGGCCUGACACUCCUGUGCAGAUCUUGCUUCUGAUAAUGAAGAGUUAACUCCAACUUGCAUGGUGUGAUUUACUGCUAGGUUGCUCCUUUCAGACCUCUCUUUUGGUAUGCCCUACAGAGGACCUUAUGGUCUGCAAAUAAUAACAUCGUGGAGAUCCCGGGCCUCAGGGGGAUUAGGCUAGCCUUGACCAGGGCCUGGUGGACUGCUCUGUCACAAGAGACUAGGGCCCUGUGGGAUUUGACAUCUUUCUGCAGGGCCUGCAAGAUGGAGCUGUUCUGCCAGGCCUUUGGUCAGGGCUCAGCCUGACUCCCCUUCUAUUUUUGUAUAAGAACUAGUAUGAAAGAGGCCUCCCAGCAUUCUCACAGGCCCAUAUAAGAACAGCGUAAACAGUUGGGCCUGAUAAGCAUUUACUGUUCCCAACCCUAAUCCUGCGGAAAACCAUCUAAUUGGAUUUAAAUUUGAUCCUGACUUGUUUUUAGGAGGUAAUUUAAUUACCAUUGAUUUUAUACCAAUGUUAUAUAUUUGAUGUUAGCUGCCCUGAGCCUGGUUUCGGCCAGGAAGGGUGGGAUACAAAUAAAAGAUGAUUAUGAUUAUUAUAAAAGAGGCAAAAAGUGUGCUUUAUGAUGGACCCCUUGUCCCCCCUUUUUGCUUCUCUCCAUUUAAGCAUGAACUUUGGUAACAAAAGCCUCCAGCACCACCUCAUCGUGAUGGAGGAGCUGAUCCGCCGGGACAAGAACCGUCCCUCAGUCGUGAUGUGGUCUGUGGCCAAUGAGCCGGCCUCUUGGCUGCCCCCAGCCGGCUACUACUUCAAGUGAGUAUCUGCCACACACAAAACUGUGCUGUGAAGUCUGUACCCUGGCACUCAGCCUGCCCAAAGUGAACUCAAGUAUCACAUAUAUUUACCCAGCAAAGGCACCUUUGUUGACUUACUUUUGGCGCCAGGUAAAGACUUCUCGCUUCCCUCAGCCAGGUUUUAAUAGACCUGAGGGGAUGUUUGACAUCAGGCAGGCACCUUUGCUGUGCUUUUUGCUCCCCAAUUAAAACAUUAUUUAUCUAGAGAAAACGCCUCCUCAGACCUGUAUAAGUUAGGCAUGUUGUAUUCCUUCUUAGCUACUCUUGAUCACCUUUUCAAAGUUUUUAACUGCUUAUCUGCUAAUUAGAAUGUUUUUUUUAGUAAACAACUUAGGGAAUUGUUUUGUUGUUGUUUUUUACAAUCAAACGGCACCUCAAAUGUUAAAUAAAUAGAUGUUAUACAUAUGUCUCUGUGUUUAACAGUAUUGUUAGAUGCUUGGAGACCCACAGGUACCAAGUGUUUAACAAGUCCAAAAUAACAGAGAGGAUGGAGGGACACCCGCUAUGAGGAAAGGUUGCAGUGUUUGGGACUUUUUAGUUUAGAGAAAAGGUAAGUCAGAGGCAACAUGAGAGGAGUUUAUAAAAUUACACAUGGCAUGGAGAAAGCGGAUAGAGAAAAGUUUUUCUCCCUCCCUCAGAACAGUAGCACUUAUGGACAUCCAAGGAAGCUGACUGUUAAGAGGAUUCAGGACAGAUAAAAGAAAGUCCUUGCAGCGCAGAGUUAAACUAUGGAACUCCCUCCCACAGGAGGGAGGGAUGGCCACCAACUUGGAAGGCUUUAAAAGAGGAUGAGACAAAUUCAUGGCUAUCCAUGGCUGCUAGCUGCAAAGGCCAUGCUGCACAGUCGCUGGCAGUAAUGUGUCUGAAUUCCCGUUGCUAGAAACCACAGGAGGGGAGAGGGUUCUUGUGCUCUAAUCUCGCUUGGCAGUUUCACAUUAAGGGCAUCUGGUUGGCCACCAUGAGAACAGGAUGCUGGACUAGAUGGGACCCUGGCCUGAUCCAGCAGGCUCUUCCUAUGUUCUCAAGUCUAACUAAAAGUUUGUCACACAAGCUAACCUUCCGUCCAGGUUGCCAUGCAGAGCCUCAGAGGUGCAGGAGGGUGGAAUCACAUGUGGAUGAAUUAAUUCUGCACAGCGAGAAACAGUUGUGGUUUUGUCUGUUUUUCACCCUUUGCACGCAGGAUGGUGAUUGCUCACACCAAAGCCAUGGACCCCACGCGCCCAGUCACAUUCAUCACGAACACCAAUUACGCUCUAGAUCUUGGAGUAAGCACCAUCCAUUUUGUCUCUGUUGCUUAUUUAAUGUUAUUUAAGGCUGGGACGCAGAUGGCACUGUGGGUUAAAAUACAGAGCCUAGGACUUGCCAAUCAGAAGGUUGGCGGUUCGAAUCCCCGCAACGGGGUGAGCUCCUGUUGCUCAGUCCCUGCCAACCUAGCAGUUCAAAAGCACGUCAAAGUGCAAGUAGAUAAAUAGGUACCGCUCCAGCAGGAAGGUAAACGGCGUUUCCGUGCUCUGCUCUGGUUCGCCAGAAGCGGCUUAGUCAUGCUGGCCACAUGACCCGGAAGCUGUACACCAGCUCCCUUGGCCAACAAAGUGAGAUGAGCACCGCAACCCCAGAGUCGGCCAUGACUGGACCUAAUGGUCAGGGUUCCUUUACCUUUACCUUUAAGGCUGGCUUUCUGUCCUUCCAAAAAAGAACACUUUCUUUAUGCCAAUAUUUCAUAAGAUGCUCAGCAUGGAAUAUCCAGGCCAAGCGGUGGGGAAUCUCCGACCCCAAGUCCUCAUAGAAUUAUAGAGUCAGAAGGGGCUCAAAGCAUCAUCUAGUCCAGGGAUAAUUAGGUGAGACCUUGAUUCCACCUGGAUACAGGUCUUGUCCGUUGUCGUGGUCCCUUCCAACUCUACAAUUCUAUGAAGCUUAUGCAAGAAUGAGUUGCUUGCACCCUUCUCUUUCCCCCAUUAUGUUUAGGGAUGGGGGAAAGGGGGCACAGAGAGAGAGAGCGCGCGCUUGCCGUCUAGGGAACACGCCUCAAAAUCAGCUAAAAACAAAAUUGAAAUUUCUGCAGGCCCCUUACGUGGACGUCAUCUGCGUAAAUAGCUACUUCUCCUGGUACCACGACCCUGGACACCUGGAGGUCAUCCGCCUGCAGCUGAACUCUCAGUUUGAGAACUGGUACCAAACUCACCAGAAGCCCAUUAUCCAGAGCGAGUACGGAGCAGAUGCCAUCGCUGGCCUCCACAUGGUGAGUCCGGCUCUUCUGAGGCCAUUCGCCAGUAGGCAGAAAACAUUUCUUUCCAAAGAAGAAUGGCAGACAUCUGAGAGGAGAACUGUACUGAGCAGCUGCUUGUUGCUGAUCUGUGGGUGCUCAUAAUGCUCAAUAUAUAUUUUGGGCUUUGACCCAAUACUGGUACAGUAGUAGCCUAUGCCUUUAAGCAAGUUUCUAGUCCAUCACAAACUCUUCAGACCUCUUCCCUCCUUGGUGCACAUUCACAGAUACCUAGCUAAGCCAGUGUGUUGUAGUGGUUAGAGUGUUGGACAAGGACCUCACUUGGCCAGGAAGCCCAAUGGGUGGCCUUGGGCCAGUCACAGUCUGUGAGCCUGACCUAUUCACAAGGAUGCUGUGAGGAUGAAAUGGGAAGAGGGUGAACUAUGUAUGCCAGCUUGAGUUCCUUGGAGGAAGGGUGGGAUAUCAAAGUAAAAAUAAGCAAAUGAAGGUGGCAUUUUAAUUAGGAUUUUGGAAUCCUGCUUAGACGAAGGGUGGUUUAAAAGUCAAACAAACAAAAAGUCCUGUCCUCUAGAUCAGCAGUGGGAAAUUUUGGCCCAAUCUUUUUUGAUUCAUGGGCCAAGUUUGAAAGCUGGGUCCUUCCCCACUGCCAGUCAUCUGAAAUUGACCCAUGGGGAGGUGGGGGUAGGGGUCUGCUUUGCCAGCAGCACUCCACCCCCCACCCCCAGAACACCCUGGUGAACUUGCACCCAGCAGGACUGAGCUCUCCACUUAUCAUGAGAUAAGUUACUGUACAACCUUUAGAAGACAUCUGAAGGCAGCUCUGUAUAGGCAAGUUUUUAAUGUUUAAUUAUGUUCUUUUAUCUGCUGGAAGCUGCUCAGAGUGGCUGGGGCAACCCAGUCAGAUGGGCGGGGUACAAAUAAUAAUUUUAUUAUCAGGUGAUGAGCGGAGGGUUCAAUCCUGCUCUAUGCAGAGGUCCACUUUGUCAGGGUGUUCCCCCACAGGGAACAUGGUGGAGAGACAGCACCCAGCAGGAUUGAACCUCGCCUCCGCAUCAGUUGAUCAAUAGGUGGGCGUUGCUUGGGGAAAGUGGUCUUGCAGGCCAAUCUGAGGCCCACAACAGGCCAAAGGUCCCCCACCCCUCUAAAGCAACAGAGAAUGAGAGCGUUCCACCUUCCGCACGACAGUGACCCAAAUAUUGGAUGGCUGCUCUCAUUCAUUGCACAGCCUGCACUGGUUCCAUGCACAUAAGGGCUCUUCCUUCCCGUUCAUCUCGCUGCAGAGACCUCUUCCUUUCCCUAUUCCCGCAGGACCCGCCUCUCAUGUUCUCUGAGGAAUACCAGGCGGCUGUGCUGAAGGAGUAUCAUGCUGUCCUAGACCAAAAGAGGAAGGACUAUGUGAUUGGAGAACUCAUCUGGAAUUUUGCCGACUUCAUGACGGACCAAGGUACUGGCGUCUCAGGUUGAAGUUGCCGUGUCCUCUGCGAAAGUCUUCCACUCCCAAGUUUCUUUAGGACUCUGCCGUUGGGAAGCAACUCAUAAAUUUAAUACUAGGGGGUGCUGCCCUUGUUCACUUUGCCUUGCUAACUCCAUCUAUCGCUUUCCCAAACCUCCUUCACUCACGUCUAGCCAACCCCUUCUCUCCCUAUGGUUCUUGACUACCUUUGCUUGUGCCGAAAUGUACAAGCCAGCUUCUCUGGUGUGGUGGGAAUGGGGCAGGGGCGUCUUAGAAUUCUUGGGAUUUGCUUCCAGCAUCCUGCAGAAUAUUCAUCAGCAAUAAACAAAUACUAGAGUCAGCGCUGCCCGCUGGCGACAGCUCCUUGGAAGUCUUAAAUAUCUGGAAACUUUUGAUGUUAGUUUGGAGGUACAGUGGUACCUUGGUUGUCGAACAUAAUCCGUUCCAGAAGGCUGUUCGAAUUCCGAAAUGUUCGACAACCGAGGCACGAAGGGCGGUCGGCAGAGUCAAUGGAGAAAAAAGAAAAACACACAGCAGAGGCCAUUCGACUUCCGAGGCGCAUUCAAAAACGGAAGCAAUUGCUUCUGGGUUUUCGGUGUUCGGGUUCCAAAACCUUUGGCUUCCGAGACACUCGAAAACCGAGGCUCUGACAGGGUCCUAGAGUCCUCCUGCCUCAUUCCAAAAGCUUAGUUAGCACUUUCCCAGUUUAGAAAGGAGGUGGGAGGGCUCUUGGACCCUGCCAGAGCCUUGUGGGGGGGUCAAACUUUAGUCUUGCUCACACUUCCAGCACAACAAGGCAGUGUGCAGCCCGCGGGUUCUGUGUCUAAGUACUCUUGCGGCCCAGUUGGUAUGAAAAGUUGGGACUGUCCUGCUAUAGGCAAUGCAAGGCGGCAGCUCCCCGGUGUUCAAGAGCUGUUGAGGCAAGAGAACAGACUACCUGGUGAAGCAGGGGUUUUCAUUCACAUAAGGAAUUUAAGCAGAGGCUGGCCACAUCUGGCAGGGGGGCAUCCUGAACUGGACAGGAAGUGGCCCAGAGAUCAGGGACAGGGAACCUGCAUGGCCCUUUGGAUAUUGUUGGACUCCAACUCCCAUCAGCCCCAGGCAGACAGCUUUGCCAGCACUGAGAGAUGAUAGGAGUUGGGAGUCUAACAAUGUAUGGAGAGCCAUCACAGAUUCCCCAUCCUUGGUCUGGAUUACCUGCAAGUUCCUUCCCAGCUCUACAAAGCUGUUGCCGUUGGGCCUUCCCUUUGUAACUUUCUUCCCCAUCUUGCAGGCACAACGCGCGUUUUGGGCAACAAGAAAGGUAUUUUCACCCGCCAACGACAACCCAAAUCGGCCGCCUUCGUCCUAAGGGAGAGAUACUGGAAGCUGGCUGAGGAAUGCAGGCCCCUUGCGCGGCCCAAUUACCAUGACAUUGGUUUGCCCCAAACUCAGGCCUCCAAGUGCACUUGACUUACGCUGUUACAUUAAGCACAGCAGAAGAAAUUCAAGGAGAGGCACUACUGAGCAUCCAAAUAGAGGCUAAAUUUCCAUGAUUGUUUUUGCUCCAAUGUGUUUUCUUCAUGAAAGCAGGGGAGGGACCGCAGCUCUGCUCUUCCGUACGAUAAAGCCAAAGGAACGUAAAUGAAAACGGACCAAGAUUUUCUUAUAGAACCAUAGAAUUGUAGAGUUGGGAUCCUGAGGGUCAUCUAGUCCAACCCCCUGCAAUGCAGGAGGAAUGUCAACUAAAGCAUCCAUGACAUUCUCAUUUUGAACAUGUUUAUAGAUUCUGGUUUACACAAAGCCAGUGUAGCCUUGUGUAAUGAUCACCGCAAUCUCUUGGGUCUUUUUGACAAGUAUGGUGUAUGAGCAAGAAGCUGCUGGAUCAGCAGAAAUGCUUGUCUAGUUCAGUGGCCAACCAGAUGCCUAUUCUGGGAAGCCCCUGAGCAGGAGAUUAGCACAACAGACACACUCUUCCCACUUGUAAUUCACAGCGAUUGAUAGAGCAUAGCCAUUGGUGGCUUUAACCGCCAUGAAUUUGUCCAAUCCUCCUUUAAAGCCAUCCAAGUUGGUGGCCAUCACUGCCUCCAGUGGGAGAGAGUUCCAGAGUUUAACUAUGCGCUGCGUGAAGGAAUUACCGGUAUUUUGUCUGUCCUGAAUCUUUCAACAUUCAACUUUAGUGGAUGACCCUAUUGGGUGCUAGCAUUAUAUGUGAGGGAGAAAAACUUCUCCCCAUUUUUCUCCACAGUGCAUAACUUUAUGCACUGUAAUGCGGACACUUCACACAAACUCCGAGGGACUAAUAGCUCUCUGUGACUAAACGUCAAGGAAUUGGGGGCCUUACUGGGGAGAAGGGCAUGAAACAGCAGCACGGAUUAUGAAGCAACACUGCAAAGACAUCCACAGAUAAUUUCUACAUUUAUUUUUGUUUUUUAUACCAAAAAAGUUAUGUGCAACAAAUAAAACAUUCUUACAUUAUUUACAUGGUUUCUGUUUUAAUUUCGCAUUAGCAAAAAGUGGACCCCAGACCUUAGAAUGUCGCAGUCUUAGGUUGAACAGAAAAACGGGACGACUCCAAUUUAGACACAGGUGGCGAGUUCGAAACACAUGAAAAAGAAAUAAUAAUUGUCAGAUCAAAACAUACGAGACAGAACACACAUUGAAUAUUUAGUCCAUGCUUAAUACAGGUUUUUUUUUUAAUUAAAAAAAUGGUAAUGGAAUACUUCAGCUUCCUUAGUUUUGCAAGGGUGUGUUUCAAUAGCGUUGGCAGAACAGAGGCCAAAGUGUUUUAUUUUAUUUUUAAAUCCAGGUAGGCCAGGAGCUGCUAGCUGAAAUCCUAGCUUUCUUUUUGGAUCAGAGACCACAUGAAGCAGCAAGAAAACCCCUUUCAAAAGAUGUUCUGAUUCUGCGGUCUGCUAACAUUAUUUCCAUAAGCAGCGGACCUUUAUAGAAAAACACACACACAAAGAUUUAUCCCGCCCUUUGCCCUUUGCCCACCUGAUGCUCUCCAGAUGUUUUGGAUGCGCCCCCCCAUCUCUCUCCAGAUGAGGUUGGCGAAGGCAGGACAAAAGCAACAUGAGCACGUCAGUUCAUCUAGAUCAAAACCUUGAAGGGGUGAGUGGAAGCUGGAUUAUUGUCUGCCUCAAAUAAUAUGCCUUCAUUCAAAAUUAACCUCACAAGCUCCUGGACGCAACAGCUACCCCCUACUCUACUGUGAAGGGUCCCACGUGUAAUACAAAAAUGGGUUUCUCCGACCCACAAGGGCUCCCUGUCUCCCAUCCCCCACUAAGCAAAAAGCUGCCUGCUCCCUGUCUGCAGGGCGACUUGGACACGCCACACUCAAUUUUUGAGGCCCUUUGGCCACAGUUUUCAGGGGUUGGGUUGGAAUGACAGGCGAGGGAGGAGAAUGAAGUUGGUCUCCAGAAAGUCUGGCUUCCCCACACAUAGGGCUAAUACGAACUUGAACCUUUAGAUCACCGAAAGACAACAAGCAUUUCUCUGUUUCUCUCUGGCAUAAAAUGAGGCAGCUUGACAACCAGAUGCAACUGGCCAAGCAUGGUUGUGUAAAAAGACAGGAUUUUGGCAGGUGCAUGGGAAAAAGGGGGCAAGGGUUCCCUCUUCUACAUAGGUCCAUGAAGUCUGCUGACCUCAAGAGAAAAUCAUGUGAGCAAGUUGCAACUGGUGCUGCAUGGGGCACCACCAUGUUGCAUCCUGCACUCAAACUGCUUUUUUGCAUGGCUAAUCCUAUCCUCUCAUGGCUGAGACCUGGGUACCACAAUCACACAUUAUGGGGAGAGUUGGCUGGGGCUUUUUGUGGGUCCCACUGGGGUGGGCGAUAAGGAAGCGUGCACACUUCUUGCAACCCUGCAGGCAGGUCCAGCCACCACAGUGCGUUAAGGGGCCUGGCUACUCCAAAGGAGAAGGGUCGCCAUCCCCCCAGGUGAUGGGAGUAGGGGGAAGGAGCCGGAUGGGCUCUCCUGCAGCUACAAGUCAACUGCCGAGUGCCCUGGGUGGCUGUUACACAGGGGUCAAAACAAACUAGGCUGGGAACACCUGUGAUGCACAGAGCCUGCGAAGAACACUUAACAAAAUGGUGGGUUUCUCUCCAUCGGGGAGAAAAUGAACAGGGAGGGAUGAAGUCAACACCCAAGGUUUUGAUUCUGCAAUUCAAGAUCAGCAGGCAGAGCAGGCCAAAUUGCGUGGGAGCAAUGAGGCUUGCUGGCCCCGGAAAGCAGGAAAAGGCUGGUCCCAAGAAGCGGGGAGGAAACACAAAGGCCAAGGUUACAAUCGUGUACAAAUGGAACUCUUCUCCUUGACCAAAGGUUCAAGGAAAGCGAAGCCUUCUCUCGCCCUCAGAUAUGUUAAGAAAUAAUAAUAAUCAAUAAAUAAACCCUUACAUUUCAUCAUUACAAGAAUUUAAAAAAAAAACAAAAACUUUCAGAGCAAGGGCAAAAAACAAAACAAAAAAUCUAUACCACCAACAAAUUUCAAGACAAGCUUCAGCUUUACUCUUGUUAACACAAGACGUCUUUUGAGAAACUUUUCCCCACCCUGAUGAAGACAACGAGCGGUUAUUAGUGUUUUUUCUUUCUUUUAUACACUGCAUGUAUGCAUAUAUGUGUAUAUAUAUACAUACAUACACACACAUAUACACAAAUACAUAUACAUAUCAAACAGUACUCUCAUGACCAGGCUUCCACUGCCACCCUCUUGUGCUCGGUUGUGGUCCCUUGUGAGAACCGGACUGUUCAUUUGGCAGGCUUUAAAAAUACUGUCAAAAAAGACCGUCGGGGGCAGAUGCCAAUCCCACUGAAAACACACUGCGUUUUUCACAAGACACAAGAGGAUUUCAUUCUAACACCUUAAUCUUGUGUUGUUGUUUUAAAAAGGAGAACGGUACAUCAAAACGAGGACUUCUUACACAGACUCACAAGAAGUAUUUAGACACAGACUGAAUGGAAUUUUCUAGGAGGUUCUUCGAAGAACGUUUUCAGCCCUCUCAGAUACGAAGGCAGGAAAGAGUCUGCCCUGCACCGGGAGUGGGCAGUGGGAAUAGCGCAGGGCUAUCCUUUUGGCAUCAGACGCUUGGGAGAACAGGGAUCUCUCAGUUUCUCUUGGGAUUGGUUAGAUACAUUCAGAUCUGCCCCAAGAUAUUUCACUGUCCUGUGCAACCCAUGACAGGCACUGCGAGAUGCCUAGGAAACAAUGCCGGGUGCCAGUGCUCUGAUCACAUGCCGCUGAGCUCAAUGAACCCGCUAGCCUUAAUACUUUUGCAAAAGUGUGCUCAGGCACACACACCCAAAGCAACUGCCGGAGUUAUUUGGGGAUGAAGCAUAGUUGUGACUAUAUCAAUUCCACAGGCUAACUCAUACAGGAGCCUCAAGUAGUCCUCCCAUGCAGAGAAGCCUCCAGGUGACUGUAGCAGCUGUGCGGUUCCAACAGGGGCUAGGAUCACCCGCAGAGACUGCCCUUCCAAACCCUCCUUAGCACCGCUAAAACACACACUCUCGCUCUCCAGAAACACUUGCCUUCUUGCUGCCUCUAUGAGAACAAAGCGGCAACCUCGUUUUCCCACCUUGGCAGGAAGCUUGGGGGUGGUGGUGUAGGAAAAACAGCAGCACUUCCAAGGAGGGAUCUUUUGAGAGUGGCGGCUGUGUCAAGACUGGAAGCUGCUCCUGCCUUCCCAGAUUUUGAGCCCUGCAAAACGGUCCAUUUGCGGGCUCCUGCCUUCCCAUCAAAACUGGCCGGGCAAAGCCUCCACGGUUGGGUAAUGUAGUGUGGGAAGGAAGGGCAGGUAGCCUCCUCCCUCCAGAAGAUGCUCCAGCACAAAGAGCAGAAGCCAGUCACAGGGACUGUGGAGCCCACACUGCUGCCCUUGUCGGCAGUGGGCACCAAGCAUUGACUUGGCUGAAAAGACCAGUUUUGGGGGGUGGCCGAAGAACUGGCAUUCCUGCCUCCUCCAACCAGGCUUCAUAGGAACGUCCUUGGAAGGCCUUCACAGCAGCCUAGUGCCUUCCCCCUGGGCGCCUUCGGACUACAACUCUCCUCAACCAUAGUCCAAACCAUGAGGUUAGCCAAAGUGAUCAUAGGAGGAACCCAUCUGAGGUGCUUGGUUAUGUGGGGAGCCCCAUGGGAAGAGAAACACUUUCUACAUACUGCAAAGGUUUGUUUCAUAUAUAUAUCUAUCUGUCUCGUACGACCACUUCUGCCUGCCAAUUUCAAACACCUCCAACCCCUUGGCCCAAUAUUUGGUUUUUUUCUUUUUUUUUUCUUUUUAAGGACAGAAGGCACUUUUUUUAAAAGGAAAAAGAAACACUGCAUUUCAGGACGCCAUGGAAUGAAGGAAAAUAACCCACAGUGAUGCGCUCUUUCGCUUGAACGUACAGUUUCCAACAAGAACCGUUACGGAAUCCUAAGCCUUCCCUUUCAACCGAGCCUAUUCAUUUCGCCUGCCCAUUUUCUUCUAACACAAUCCCUAGCCCUCCUACCCCUCAUCUCAGGAGCGGGGGGAAAGAGUUCAAUAUCCACCCUAAACUUCACUCCCAAUUUUGUAUAAAAGGAUCCGGGACCACUAGGUCUCUACAAAGUUUGUCACAAUCAUUUUAUGCGCCAGCCUCGUUGAAACAAAGGGAAACCGCCCAGGGGAAACUCUAAGUGCCCUUGGACAUUGCCCUCCAUUGCAUUCUGGCUUGCAUAAGAAGACUUCAGUGCAUCAGUUUGCCAGUAAGUCACUGGGAUCCAGUGUAACGUUGUAAUUCUACGCAGCAGCUUGAAAUAUACCUCAAACCAUUAAUACUGUUUGGCCGCCUGACAUCAAUUUGGAGAGCAAGGUCGGCUCUCCCCUUUUUCUACAGGUUGCCUAUUUGAGAAGAUGGCUCUCCCAACGCCACGACCCUCCAUUUCCCCAGGCCAAACCCUUCUUAGUGUCCUCCCAGGAGAUCUUUCGUCACCCACGCCAAACAGCUCACGUGUUGCACAGGAACCUGUAUUAAGUCCUGCCGCUUUCUGAAGGCAUGCACAACUUGCCGCAUCAAAUUCCAUUUUCAUGUCCAAAGAAAAAGAAGGAAGAAGGAAUCUCAACUAAUUCUCCCUCGUUG